UCGCGAGCUGCAUACAAAAUGGAAAUUCUUUAGAAAUUCGCUACUUUGGUGGACAUUUAGCAAUAUGGUGUAAAAAUGUAUCUAUUGAAUUUUUCCCGUGCAGACAUACUGCGAACUAUGAUUGCGUCCUUUGUUUUCUUAUGGAAAAGUAGUGAAUUUCAAUGCGUGAAAAACGGUCGCAAACAUAUCCGCUAAAAACACCACUAAUAAAAGUUGUUAAUAAAGAUGUGAUCUAUGAGAUCAGCACAUUUUUAAUAGGGCAGACAUUGAUAUUCCUAACAAUUACUCUUUUUUCCUAUUUGAAAACUUUUGAAACCGAUAUUUAGCUCUUAAACAACAAAACAAUAAAAAUGGGCGGCUUAAUAGCCAUAGAGUAGUGAGUUGAUUCACCCCUAUUCAUAUUAGAAACCCUCGCAAAUAUUCGAAAAAGCCUAAGAAAUUCUGCGCAACUCACAUGUCAGCGCUUAAAUAUCGAUUUCUGCACCGUUCAGUUGCUAGUUUUGCUACUGUUUCUAAUGGUUAAGUUUUCUUAAAAUUUUAUGGAUAUAAAUAAGAUACUGAUGAUAGACACAAAAGGGGAUUGUUAAAUGGUUGUUUUUACUGUCCAUUUUAAAAAAAAUUCCUUCGAUUCCAAAUAACAAUAGCGAAACAAUGAGGGAAUGUGCACCAAAAAUCUACAGAUCAGCGAAACCAGAUAUCACGGCUUUAAUGGUCUUCAGUCGGAAUUUUCGACUUUCAAGGAAAAAGCAACUAUUCAGUGCCGUGUUGAUAACAUGUCUGAUUACUAUAUUGUUUCUGACUAUCAGCAUUCCUGUUCCUGGCGUCGUGAUGAAUCUGUAUUACUGGGUAAAACCUGACAAAGGAGUUUCUUGUCAUUACAUAAAAACGGAUCGAGCCAACUCCCUAAAGGAUAUUUCCGACACGUAUCCCAAAGAAGGAAGAUCGAUAUUUUUCCAUGAAACCAGCUGCAAUUCAUUUAGAAAUGGAAAAAUAACCAUAACGGCACGCCAAGCCUGUGCAGUCGAAAGCGCUGCCAGAAUGAAUCCAGAUUAUGAUGUUUAUCUGCUAUACGCAUCUCCAGGAACAUAUAAAAUGGAAGAUACAGAAAGCGACAGAUUUUUAAUGGAACUGUUGAAGUAUCGCAAUGUGAGAAUUUAUCAUAUCGAUAUGGACCGGUACUUUAUGAACACGCCUGUUGAAUCUCUUUGGAAACAGCAGCAAAUGAAACAGUCGCGGUUUGCUCAGUCUCAUACGAGCGAUGUUCUUAGAUUUCUUACACUAUGGAAAUAUGGAGGAAUUUAUCUGGACCUGGACGUGAUAGUCACAAAGAGUCUUGAUGAUUUAGGCACUGAUUUUACCGGAUUUGAAUCAAAAACAUCAGUGGCUGCUGGCAUUUUGAGCUUUAACUACACUGGAGACGGGCACGAUUUUGCUAACUCCUGUUUGGAAGAUCUCAAAAACAAUUUCAAAGGCCAUGAUUGGGGCUGGAAUGGGCCAGGAACAGUCACCAGGCUCAUCAAGCGUUUAUGCGAAGAAAACAACAUUCCAAAACUAGUCAACAAAACCUGUAAAGGUUUCAAAAUCUACCCACCAAAUCGAUUCUACAGUAUUCCGUGGUGGAACUGGAAGUACUUUUUCCAGGAAGAAUUUCUCGAUUUUGUUAAGAAACAAACAGCUGAUAGUUAUUUAAUUCAUGUAUGGAACAAGUUUAGCACCGACACCAAUAUUUCAUUACAUUAUGAAAAUGUACCAUACCUGAAUUUCGCCAAACUGUAUUGUCCUGCAGUGGUUGCACAAUGUGAUCGAUAUUUUUAGUUGUUUCUAGAUUUUUAAGUUUUUGUACACUGUAAAUAAGAAAAUAAAAACAUAAUAAUGCAAA